GCAAAAUCCAGCAUUUGUCUCAGGUCUGUUUGCCUCGGUUACGUGCAAGCUUCUAGAAGUGCAUAAAACUGAUUCCAGUUGCGGCGGUUCUUUGCCAGUCCAGUGAAAACGCGCACGCCCUUGCCCUGUCGGCGUGACGUCACGCGUCUGUGGACGUUCCAUGUGCAGGAAGUUAACCUACGAUUGCCGUUGCUGUGUUACCACGUUCUGCUUCGGAUUGUGCUGCUCGGAUGUGUUCCUGAGAGUAAAAUAGCUCGUGGGGUCUAGUGUUGAAAAACAUCUGAUCUACAGAAUGUCUUCUCCAAGCAAAGCAAUUGAACUGCAGCUGCAGAUGAAACAAAAUGCUGAAGAUCUGCAAGAUUUUAUGAGGGAGAUGGAAAGCUGGGAAAAGGAUAUCAAGCAAAAAGAUGCCAAGCUGAGAAAUCAGACAGGUGUGGAAAACCAGAUAUUGCCUCCUAUCAGAAAUAAAGAUUUCAAGAAAAAGAAAAAGAGCAAGCCUAAACCACCACUUGAAAAGAGCCAAGAAGAUUGUCUUAACCCCAAGAAAAAGUUACUUGAUUAUGAGUAUUGGGACAAACUUGAUGUGGACAAAGCUCUAGAAGAUAUAGAUAAAGACAACAGCAAUGAAACGUCCUCAGAUUCGGAAUGUGGAGAUGAAGAUGCAAUAACUGUAGACACAGAAAAAGCACUUUCAGAGAAAGAAAAGGGAAAUAAUUAUUUUAAAAGUGGAAAGUAUGAUGAAGCUAUAGAAUGCUAUACUAGAGGAAUGGAUGCAGAUCCCUAUAAUGCAAUUUUACCAACAAAUCGUGCAUCUGCUUUCUUUCGACUCAAAAAAUUUGCUGUUGCCGAAUCUGACUGUAAUCUUGCGAUUGCUCUAAAUAGAGAUUAUGCUAAAGCGUAUGCUCGCCGAGGAGCAGCUCGUCUCGCUCUUAAAAAUCUACAGGGAGCAAAGGAAGAUUAUGAAAAAGUUUUAGAAUUGGUUGCAAACAAUUUUGAAGCCAAGAAUGAACUAAGGAAAAUUAACCAGGAGCUGUAUUCAUCCGCCAGUGAUGUCCAAGAAAAUAUGGCCACAGAAGCCAAAAUUACUGUUGAAAAUGAAGAAGAAAAAAAACAAAUAGAGAUUCAGCAGCGGAAACAACAAGCUAUUAUGCAAAAAGAUCUGGGCAAUGCAUAUUUUAAAGAAGGGAAGUAUGAAAUUGCCAUUGAGUGCUAUAGUCAGGGAAUGGAAGCAGACAACACAAAUGCAUUAUUACCUGCAAAUAGAGCAAUGGCAUACCUGAAAAUUCAAAAGUAUAAGGAAGCAGAGGCUGACUGUACAUUAGCCAUAUCACUUGAUGCAUCUUAUUGCAAAGCUUUUGCUAGAAGAGGAACAGCCAGUAUAAUGCUUGGAAAGCAAAAAGAAGCAAAAGAAGAUUUUGAAAUGGUUUUAAAAUUGGAUCCUGGAAACAAACAAGCUGUUCUGGAACUAGCUAAAAUAUCUCAGGAAUUAAGGAGCAUCGAAAAAGACAGAAAUGGAAAUAAGGAUAGUAACCAGAGAAAGUUAAUAAAUACAGUUGAAAAGCUUCCACAUCUGAGAUCCACUAAACCUUUAAGAAGGAUGGUAAUUGAAGAAGUUGGAGGCCCAGCUGAAAUUUUUAACACAAGUCUUAAAGAAACAAACCACAGGAAAGCGGAUUCUGUGGAUUUAACGGCUGAGACCAAUACUCAAGAUUUGAAUCAAGAACAGAACAUUUGCAACUCACCUGAUGUUCCCAGUCCAAAGAUCCCAAAAAUAGAAGAAAUCAGUGAUACACCUGGUUCUUGUGAGCCUACUACUGGAGAGGAUUAUCUCACAUCUCGGCCAUCACCUCCAAAAAUCGAAAAAGUUGUGUCAACAUUUUCUGAGUCUCUGAAUAUAGGGAUUCCUGCAGUGCCUACAAACUCUUUCCAGCUUGAGUCAGACUUCAGAAGAUUAAAAGGGAAUCCUGACCUAUUGUAUGUGUACCUAAAACAAAUUGAACCCACGCUUUAUGGUAAAUUGUUCAAAAAAGCUUUGGAUCCAGACCUGUUCAGUGAUAUUCUGACAAUUCUGAGAGAGCAGUUUAUUAACAAAGACAGCCCUGAUCUCAUCUUUGAAAUAUUGCAAAGGCUAUCUGAACUGAAGAGAUUUGACAUGGCUGUAAUGUUUCUUUCAGAAUCAGAUAAAAAUAAUGCCCACAUCUUAUUUUCACACCUAGAGCAAUCGAUGAAUGCCAAUGUCUCUUUUAAUGCUUUGAAGAAAAAAUAUGGACUUUAAUCUGUGCAGAGAACAGUCAGAUGGGGCUAAAAAGCUGAAAAAGAAGGAUACAAUCUGAAGCCAAAACUCAAGUGUUACUCACAGCAGGGGCAGAUACAAUUUUAUUUUAAUAUACACAGAAUAUGAACGUCUGUUGGUUUAAUUAUUCAAAUAAACUAUUUAUUCUCCCAGUAUGUGCAAUUAGUUCCCCUUCCAACCCCUCUAGCAUUAUAUUUUAUCCAUAGACUACAGCAGUGUUUGCCAUCCUUACAAGUGCUAUUUGGCACAUGGAGAUAGGGCAUGUGCAGAGCUGCCUGUUCUGGCUUGUCUGCUGAAAUGCACUUCUCUGAUAUCUUUGGAUGAAAUUGGAUCCAGGAGAGUUUGGAAGAACUACUUUAGAGCUCUUCAUUUGCUACAACUGAAUCACCAGACCUGUAGACCUGCCCCAGAGUGAAGCAUUUUAAUGGAUGUCUGGAAUAUUUUAUAACAGAUACAUUUCAGAGAAAUGCUAAUGAGUUUGCCCUUUUCAGAUUCAAGUUGACUGGGAUGUACACAAAAUAAAUGUAUUUUCCUAACA